AUGGCCACCAUCAAGUCAGGAAGCCACAAGAAUGCUGGCCAAAAGUCUAAAAAUUUAAGUUCGGGUGCAGUCAAGAAACGUAAAACCGGUGGAAUUGUCAAGCUGAAGCAGAUCUAUCGAGGCAAAGAAAUGUCUCUGUCCGGAACAUUCAUCUCUUGUGGCAAACCUGCAUCACAUGAGAAGAUUGCCGCUUGGAUCACAGCACAUGGCGGUACUUUCGCUUUGGAAGUCACCAGUUCUACUACCCAUUUGAUUUGCAGUAUUGAGGAUUUUAAGAAAGGCACGGAACAGGUCAAAAAAGCCCUAGCCCUUGGCAAAGAAAACUGCCAUAUCGUGGUCUUCGACUGGCUUGAAGAAUGCCUCGUCCGCAAGAAUAAAUUGUGCCGCUCAGAACGCUACUGGACACUCGAGAGCACGCUCAAGCGUCUCAGCAAGAAAGGCGCCGAAAUCGACACCCUCAAAAAGAGAUUUCAAAACGAAAGCAAACGCGACCCUCAUGUUGAUCCUGUAACUGACAUGCGGAAAGAGGUUAAUCAUGUGUAUUAUGAGCCGGACGGCUUUGAGUAUAAGGUUGCGCUGGUGAAGACGAGGUUUGGUGUUGAUGGACGGGUUGUGACGGAGAAGUAUGUGCUUUUUCUUUUUCAAUCAACAGCUAAACCUCAUACCUAUAUGUUCGCCGCGAAGUACACCAGCACGCGCCACAACCAAGCAUCGUACUUCCGCGAGUGGUGCACGCCCAAGUUCUUCGACGAUGCGUUUAGCGAUUUUAAAACUUUCUUUAGGGCGAAAACGGGUUAUGAAUGGGAUUAUCGGCUGCAGGGGAUUAGGAUUAAGAAAAUGUUUGUUUAUACGCCGCCAGAGGAGGGGAAAGGGGUUGGUUCUGUGCCGGUGGAGCUUGGGAGGGUUGUGAGGGAGGUGGUUAAGGAGGAGGAGAGUAGUGAGAGGGAGGAAGAUGAGGAUGGGAAUGGAGAGGACGAGGACGAGGAGGAGGAUGUGGAUGAGAAAAAUCGGAUGGGGGCGACGAUCACCAUACACGGUUCGGAUAGUGACAUGGAAGAAGUUGAAGAUAAUCAACAGCUGGAGGAAUCGGACGACAAGAUUCGUCGUGGCGCUACGAUCACAAUCCAUGAUUCAGACAGCGAAACAGAUUCGAACCUUGAAGAGAGUGGAAGAUCUCGAAAUCCUAGGACGACAACCAGCUUCAGCAGCUGCUCGACGGUACUCCCUUAUAUGGUUUGCGAUAUUGGCGAGGAGAAAUGA